GACCGCAGUUUCCUGCGUCUCUCCGUUUAUCUGCUCUGAACUAUUAGGAACGGAGGAGACCGUCGGUUCCGCUCAUCGAAAAAUGACUCUCCACACGUAACCGCCGCGUGCUAAUGCCUUCUUCCAAGCGGACACCUGGGAACUCGGACCAAACCGUCGCACCGACCCUGCCGAAAGAGCGAUCAUAAUGCCUCAGUGCGCGUGUCCGGAGCCGCUGUCAGCUGUCCAGCUCAAGCGCCUGGAGGAGCACAAGUACAGCGCGGCCGGUCGCUCUCUCUUCGAGCCGCCCUGCCAGAUAUACUGGAACUGGCUGGUCCAGCAGGUCCCGACGUGGGUCGCGCCGAACACGCUGACCAUCACCGGGCUCCUCAUUAACAUAUUAACGACGGUCAUUCUCGUGUAUUACAGUCCCACGGCCACCGAGGAGGCUCCAGGUUGGGCCUUCAUUCUCAGCGCCUUAGGUCUCUUCAUCUACCAAUCACUGGACGCCAUCGAUGGAAAGCAGGCCAGGCGGACCAAUAGCAGCUCAGCUCUUGGGGAGCUCUUUGACCAUGGCUGUGACGCUGUCUCUACAGUGUUUGUUGCCGUGGGAACGUGUAUAUCCUGUGGGAUCGGCGCUUACUCUAACUGGAUGUUUUUUUGUGGCUUCGUGGGCAUGUUCAUGUUUUUCUGCGCACACUGGCAGACAUACGUGUCCGGGACACUUCGCUUCGGAUUGGUUGACGUGACAGAAGUCCAGAUUGCUAUUAUUAUCAUGUAUUUGAUGACAGCUUUUGGAGGAGUCAGUCUUUGGGAGACGAGGGUCCCUGUUCUUGGUGUCAAUUUGCAAACCUUUCCAAUUCUCGGCAUUAUCGGUGGCUUUCUGUAUUCAACCUAUAACUACUUCUACGUCAUCAUGAACGGCGGAGUGGGCAAGAACGGCUCAACCGUUGCAGACACCAGUGUAUUAACUCCCGGUCUACACAUCGGCCUAGUCCUCUCUCUGGCCUUCAUCAUCUUUAAAAAGUCCUCGAGUCAGGUUUUCGAGCACCAUCCUUGCCUUUACGUCCUUACAUUUGGCAUGGUGAUCGCCAAGAUCUCGAAUAAGCUAGUGGUGGCCCACAUGACCAAGAGUGAGCUUCAUCUUCCUGACACGGCCUUCAUUGGUCCCGGACUCCUUUUUCUGAAUCAGUAUUUCAACAGCUACAUCGAUGAACACAUCGUGCUUUGGAUCGCCAUGGUGCUGUCACUGGCGGAUCUGCUGCGUUACUGCACAGGCCUGUGCCUGCAAAUCGCCUCCCAUCUCCGAAUCCGGGUUUUCAGUAUCACCCCACAGGGCCACGCUCAUAGAGACUGACAAUUUGCCCGGCGGGAGGAGGAAGCGGGAUCUAAGGAUGAAGACAUUGUCCCGCUUCUCAAACUAGAGCAGGAGAGCCCCAGCAACCAAAACCGCAACGGCCUUGACAGUGUGACCAUCACAGAUUAACAGAACUGAUUGUUUUGCCAGGUUUGACCAGACCAGCUCGUAUUGUUUUCUAACCACACUACUGUACACUAGAAUAUAUCACUGGAUGAAAAGAAAGAGUUUAGUUCAAAAUGUGGCCUUGGGGAUCAGAGGGCGGCCCUUGCCUCGAAGAGGUUCAGUCCGUGCAGGAACGUAUUAGAGAUACUUUUUGUUUUGUUUUUUCCCCUCAAGGGAAAAUUGGUGGGAAAAUCGAACGUAUUUGAAUCAUCCAAAAGCAUUGAAUAACUUAAAUCAGAAUAAGAAUCAAAAAAAUAAUGGAGGGAACAUCACGUUUAACACAGUAGAUGUGUACUUAGUUUUUUGGGGGGUUGAUCAUGUUUGUCGAUUUUUAACAAAAAAAAGGGAAGCUACAACUGCAGUUUGGGCAUCUGUGGCUGUUUUUUAAAACCAAGUCCAUUUUCUACAUCGUAAUAUCUAUUAUUUCAUUCAGUCCCAUUUGUAUGUCUGAUCUCGACACACCCCGACAUCGUCGCCAAACUGCCAAAAAUAGUUUAGAACCUUUUAUACCGUUCAGAAUUUUUAAUGUUGAUUAAAAAAAAAAAAGCAGCUAUUUGUAGAUCACGUGACACUUUAUAGAAGUAAAUAAGCUCCAGAAAAGAAAACUGCCCAAACAGCCAUUGUAGCUUUACGUGAACCUUUUGUGAUUGUCCAGUGAUUACGGUGUAUUUAUUUCAAUAAUCUGACUGAAUUUAGUGUGAAAUUAAGUCAAGCCUGUUAAAAACAAAACAUAAUUGAAAGAACUUAAUUGUCAAGGAUUGUGGCUGUGUGCUCAAAACAGACUCAUCUCUCCACCCCCUCGCUAGUCACCCAACCCCAGUUUGCUCAGACUUCCUGGUUGUAUGUUUCACUUCCUAGAGCUUCGACUGAGCACAAACAGAGUUACUGGGCAUUGUCUUUAGCUCUGUUUUGGAGGAUUUUGGGGGGUGUUGAUCUUCUGUGCCUGUUCUAUGAUGCACUCUCUGCCUGCUUAGAAUCAUCUCCUCCCAAAGGGCUAAUAAAAACAAUAAACUUUUGUGUGAUUUAAUAGA